AUGGAUUCAGACAACUCCCGUUACGCCAACGUCAACUUGCUGGACCUCGUCGGCGAGAUCUACACUCUUUGCAAGGAUCAACACGGCUGCCGUUACCUGCAGAAGAAGCUGGAAGAGGGUGAUGCUGAGAACAUCAGACUCAUCUUCGAGGAGACCAACCCUCACAUGAUCGAAUUGAUGACUGAUCCUUUCGGCAACUACCUCUGCCAGAAGCUGCUCGAGCAUGCCAACGAUGAUCAGCGCACCGUUCUCAUCCGCGCAGCCGCACCCUCCAUGGUCAAGAUUGCACUCAACCAGCACGGUACUCGCGCCCUGCAGAAGAUGAUCGAGUUUAUCUCGACCCCUGAGCAGAUUCAGGUCAUCACCGAGGCUCUCAGAUAUGAUGUCGUCCCUCUCAUUCAAGACCUCAACGGCAACCACGUCAUCCAGAAGUGUCUCAACCACCUGUCGCCUGAGGACGCCCAGUUCAUCUUCGAUGCUGUUGGCACUAGCUGUGUCAUUGUUGGUACCCAUCGUCAUGGCUGCUGCGUCUUGCAGCGUUGCAUUGACCACGCUUCCGGCCACCAAAAGGGCCAGCUUGUUCACUACAUCACUAUGAACGCCUUCACUCUCGUUCAGGAUCCCUUCGGCAACUACGUCGUCCAGUACAUUCUCGACCUCGGUGAGCCUACCUUCUCCCAGCCUCUGGCUCAGAGCUUCCUCGGUAACGUUGCUGCUCUCUCGAGACAGAAGUUCAGCUCAAACGUCAUUGAGAAAUCCAUUCGCACUGGUGACGAGGUGACCAGACGCGCCCUCAUCGACGAGAUUAUGAAUCCUGUCGACCUCGAGAAGUUGCUCCGCGACUCGUACGCCAACUAUGUCGUCCAGACUGCCAUGGAUUAUGCCGAUCCUGAGACCAAGGCUCGUCUCAUCGACAACAUCCGCCCUAUCCUUCAGUCAAUCCGUCACACUCCUUACGGCCGUCGUAUCUCUAGCAAGAUUCAGGACUACGACAACCAGCUCAACGGCAUGCCUGGAUCGGUCUCGCCUCCUGCUGUCAUGUCUCCUGGCCAGCACAACGCUACUCCUUUCCGCACCAGCAGAUCCAACACCGUUACCUCCUACACUAGCACAAACAGCCCUGUUGGUCACCAAGUCGGUGGCUACGGUGCUGCCACUAUGGGUUCUCCCAAUGCUCACAACCGCCACCACGGAUCUAUCAACACCAUGCUUGCUCAGCCUCUCCAGCAGCAGACCAACGGCAACGGCAAUGGCAACGGCUUCGGUUACCAGCAGUUCGGCCAUGCUUCUCAGGGCUCUCAGUCGUCCAACAUGGGACACUACUGA